AUGCCUCCAUGGUCGAAUGUGGGGGUUAUCCCUCCGUCAUUGCCGGACCACUGUGAGCCAGCCAAUGAGUUCUUGUACAAACUGUCUUCAUCCUUUCAUACAUGCAUCCCAACAAAUCUCGCCUUCAUCUCCAUACUAUUGGGCACGUUGAGUAUCGUGUCAUGGCUGUUCGCUCAGCUCCCUCAAAUAUACAAAAAUUACAAGAUCAGAUCUACAGCAGGGCUUUCCAUCUACUUUUUAAUCGAAUGGUGCCUGGGUGAUGCAUCAAACUUGCUGGGUGCAUUACUCACCCGCCAAGCUACAUGGCAGGUUGUAGUAGCUGGCUACUACGUCUGUGUCGAUGCGAUCCUGGUGGGACAGUGGUUCUGGUACGAACACAUUUUGGCCCGAUGGAGUCGGGACAAUCCUCACUACAUCAAUCGUGUACAACCCGGUACCUCUCCGAUCGUUUCGCUGUCUCCCCGGACCAUGCUCUAUAUCUCGCUUCUUUGCGCCUUACUGAGCGCGCGCCCGUCCGUGGCUGCAAAGACCGAGAUCUCGAACUUGGAAAUGAGCGAGAGCAAUCCUGCAGAGGCAGCUGGCCGUAUCCUUUCCUGGCUUUCGACCCUAUUAUACCUUGGAUCCCGCCUCCCGCAAUUGUACAAGAAUCACGUUCGCCGUUCUACUGCAGGUCUCAGCCCCUUCCUUUUUCUUGCUGCGUUUUUCGGAAAUCUCUUUUAUUCCUCAUCACUUCUCACCAACCCUUGCGCUUGGAAUGACUUUCCUAGCUAUGGAGGCGGCGGUUGGGUUGGUGAAGAGGGCAAUGAUAGAUUAGAAUGGGUCAGUCUGGCGGCUCCCUUCUGGCUGGGUGCUGCCGGCGUCCUCGUCCUGGAUGCGACAAUGGGCAUUCAAUUCAUACUUUUUGGCGAGCAUGGCGAGAACGUCGUCAUUCGCGACAAAUCGGAAGGCCGGUGGCGGCGUGUCAGUGGCUGGAUGCGUGGCUGGAUGCCGAGCAUGUCAUUGACCAGGACCGCUGGUGCCGAUGCGCAGCAGCUGCUUUACGACGGUAGAGACGGCUACGGAACAGUUUAG